AUGCUUUUUGCCGCAUUUCUCGUCACCCUGGUGGCGAUCCUGUCUCAAAGAUCGACAAUGGUAACCGCAGCCGGGUGUUGGAGGAAUACCGCCUGCAAUGGCCCAUCCACGCCCGCAUUUUCAGGAAGCUGGGACAAGUACAACUAUUCACCUUCGAGCCGAACAGUUACUCCGAAGAGAGUUCGUUCUUCCAGCGAAAUCACCUUUGCAGAUUUUCACGGACCCGCAUCGUUGACGGGCAACGGCUCUUCUCUCAUAUUUGAUUUUGGCUUCGAAGUUGGUGGCAUUGUGACCGUCACUUAUGCUGCCAGAGGAUCCGGGUCACUGGGUUUGGCCUUCUCGGAAGCGUCAAACUGGACCGGACAAUGGUCCGAUAGCUCGAGCGGUUCAUAUGUGCCGGAUGGAGCCAUAUUCGCCAAUAUCACCGCCACAAGUGAAGCGAACUACACCAUGCCUGACGCUAAACUCCGAGGUGGCUUCCGGUACUUGACCCUCUUUACUGAAUCUAACGGGCAGAUUGAAGUAGAUAUUACAGACAUAACGCUAGAAAUUGCAUAUCAACCCUCUUGGUCCAAUUUACGAGCCUAUCAAGGAUACUUCUACUCUAACGAUGACUUGCUGAACAAGAUAUGGUAUGCCGGAGCAUAUACCCUCCAGACGAAUGCCAUUCCACCUGCUACUGGUCGCGAAAUUGUUGGUGGUGGCUGGCAAAACGAUCGGAAUCUCAAUGACGGAACCACCGACCCAACCAUCUAUGUUGAUGGAAGCAAACGUGAUCGCACUGUUUGGGCGGGGGAUCUCGCCAUUGCUGUUGCUAGUAUUUUAGUGAGUACGGGAGAUACCGAAGGUGUGAGAAACACGCUGCAGGUGUUAUACAACGAUCAGGCUGAUAAUGGAAACCUCCCUUUUGCCGGACCUGGGCUUUAUAUUUACAACUCAGAUACAUACCAUAUGGCAACGCUGAUCGGAACUUAUGAUUACUUCCUAUAUACGAACGAUAGAGAUUUCAUGUCCGGAGUAUGGAAUAAAUACAAAUUAGCCAUGGCAUAUAUUACAGGCAAGAUCGACAAAACAGGAUCAAUCUGGGUGACGGGGACCGAGGACUGGGGCCGUGUUGGCCAAGGAGAACAUAACACUGAGGCUCAAAUGUUGCUAUACAAGACCCUCACGAGUGGCAGCCAAAUCGCAACCUGGCAAGGAGAUUCAGCAUUGUCGUCAAACUGGUCAUCGCUGGCAGCAACUCUGAAAAAGGAAAUAAACAGCGCUUAUUGGGAUGCUUCAGUUGGUGCCUUCAAAAACAGCGACGUAGAUACCAACGUCUACCCCGAAGACGCAAAUAGCAUGUCCCUCGCCUUCGGCGCCGCCGAUUCCUCCAAAUACUCCACUAUCAGUAAAAGCCUCACCAAAAACUGGGGUCCCAUCGGCGCAAUCUGCCCCGAAUUACCAGGCAACAUUGUCGGGUUCGUUGAGUCCUUUGAGAUCAAAGGACAUCUAGUAGCCCGGGAAGCAAGCCGAGCUCUUGAUCUCAUACGCCGCUCAUGGGGCUGGUAUCUCAAUAACCCCACCGGAACUGGAAGUACGACCAUUGAAGGCUAUCUCGCUGAUGGCACGUUUGGCUACCGGUCCCAGUACGGGUACAAUAACGAUUACUCGUAUACUUCGCAUGCCCAUGGCUGGAGUACCGGCCCCACUGAUGCUUUAACCUCCUACGUUGUUGGCUUGACCCUCACUGCACCAGGUGGAAGUUCUUUCCAGAUCGCACCGCAAUUCGGAGACCUGACGCAUGCUGAAGCCGGAUUUAUGUCACCUCUAGGCAAAUUUGAAGCUAAUUGGAGUUUGAUUGAGGGUGGGUACACGGUUGACUGGUCAGCACCGGGCGGUACCAGCGGUGUGCUUAUCUUGCCCGCCGCAAAUGGAAAGCAACCCACUAUCGAGGUGGAUGGGAAGGGAACGAUGCAGAGUCAGGAGUUUGACAGCGCUACUCAGACCGUUACGGUUAAAGUUGGGGAUGGGAAGCAUAGAGUUCACGUUACUUAUUAA